AUGUCAGGCACUCAGGCUAACUUUAAAUACUCCUGCUGGGACUUCCUCUUCACUUGUGUGGGCCUGCCGCUGUUCAUGCUUGACAUAGGGCUGGAUAUAUGGACCGCUGUGUCCUUCUAUAAGGAAAAGGCCUACGUGUGCCUUGCUGUUCUGCUGUUUCUGCUCCUGGGCUCGUCACUGCUCACCCAGGCUUACAGCUGGCUUUGGUAUAGCUAUGACAACUUUGAGAUGAAGACAAAUGUCGAGAAGCUGCCGUCCCCGAGGCAGCUCAAGCUGCUCCACGUAUUUCAGCUGGGAAUCUACUUCAGGCACGCAGGAGUCCUGGAAAAGGCUGUAGAAAGCUUCCUCACAAAGCUCCCUGACCCUGAGGGUGUAGCUGUGUUCCUGAGCCACGAUCUGAGCAUGUUGCGAAUCGUAGAGACGUUUUCAGAGGGAGUGGCACACUUCACAACAUUUCUCUUUGCUUGUUCUGACGCUGCCUCUUGUUCUCCCUCAGUUCUAAAAGCCGUCGGCUCGGCCUCGGCUAUCGCCUUCACUGUGACGACCUACCAUCGUUCGCUGCGCUUCUUCCUGCCUGCCAAAGAAAACCAGAAGAUAACCUCAUCAGUCAUCUGCUUCAUCUGGAACCUGGUUCUCAUCUCUUCUCGUCUCACUGCUCUCGCUCUUUUCGCCUCCGUGCUGCCCUGCUUCAUCUUUGCCCACUUCAUCUGCUCUUGGUUGGUUUUAUUCUUCUUCGCUUGGCGAUCCAAGACGGACUUCAUGGAAAGUCCUUGUGGAGAAUGGCUUUACCGAGCCACUGUUGGCAUCAUUUGGUAUUUUAACUGGUUUAAUGUGGCCGAGGGGAAGACGCGGUACAGGACUGUGCUCUAUCACGGGUAUAUACUGACUGAUAUUUGCAUCCUCUGUGCUGUGUGGUGCUGGAAGAUGAGCACAGAUCCUCCUGAUUUUGUGAUAGAGCCCAUGCACGCUUUAAUCACAGUUGCCUGUGUUGUUGCAGUUUACAUCCUCGGUCUAAUACUUAAAGUUAUUUAUUAUAAAGUCUUCCAUCCAAACCUUGACAAAGAUGAGCUGAAAGGGGCCAGCACAGAGCAGCUACCUGAAGAUGAGGUAGGAUUUCGUAUGUUUGCAGUUGCAGCAAACAUGGCAGACCACCAUCCGUCUGACCCAUCAGCACACUGCAAUAAAAGAAUGAGGAAGCUGGCCGAGAACUUUUACUCCUGAUGUGCACUGGACAUCAACAGGACGACUAGAAAGAGACCGAGUCA